AUGUCGUCGCAAAGUCAACAACCCGACGUCAACACUCUGUUGCACAACAUGCGUGCACAGAUUUUGGCGUUGACCACGCAACUCACUGAGCUGCAGGCACACCCUCCUGCAGCAACCCCCUUGGUCGAGAAGAAGUUCAAUAAGAAAGUUGAAGUCAUCACUGACCCUGGCGCCUUUGAGGGAGACAGAGCGCAAUUUGCCGAGUGGUGGAUCAAGCUCCAAAUUUGGGUCAAGGCAAACUGGGAUGUGUUUGCCGAUGGAUUUGGGGUACCAACUGCGGUACUAUCUCGAUUAAAAGGACCUGUGGCGGGAAAUGAAUAUGCAGUAGAGCUGCUGAAACGCAAUGUAAACCCUCACAUAGCAGAACAGCUCUACCUACAGGAUAUGAGGAGCGAGAACCACUCUCAAGCAGCAGAGGAGGUUCAAAAAAUAGGUAGGGCCAUAGAGCUCUACAAAAUGCAUCAAGAUGGCGGGUCCACCACCAAAAACAACUAUUCCCAGAGGAGCCCUGGGUCAUCAAACCAAAAUAAAAAUCACUCUCACGGGUUCCAACCAUUUGGGUUGCAACCAGGACGGGGAGCCCCAAUGGAUAUUGGUGCGGUCCAGGGUGGACAGACGCGCAGAUUCACCUGCUACAGCUGUGGGCAGGAGGGGCACAUGGCCCAAAAUUGUCCAAACGGAGUGCGGGCCGCUCAACAAAAAAAUAACCAAGGGCGCCAGGCGCACCAAUUAGAAACAGAGAAACCGGAUGAUUGGCUCAAUACUCUGGCCGGUCGUUCAUACAACAAAAUCUGA